UAGCGUCUUCUCGACCGCAGCUAAUAUCGAAUAAAAAUAAAUAUGGCCACUCCAAGGUAGAUUCUGGAAAACGUGCUGGCAUUUUUUUAAUAUAUAAAAAGAAUUUAUGUUCUCAAUUAUUUUUAACUUUACCUGAUUAUUGUUUACAUUAAAGACGAAAUCGAAAUUAAAUUGGGAAACAUGUCGAUGCUCGCAGAACGUCGAAAAAAGCAGAAAUGGAGCCUUAAUCCACGAGGAAAGUGGUGGUCCGAAGACUCGAAUAAGUUUGGUCAGAGAAUGUUAGAGAAAAUGGGCUGGACGAAAGGAAAAGGGCUUGGUAUCAACGAGCAAGGCAUUACGGAAUAUCUCAAUGUGCCAUAUAAGAAAGAUACAGCGGGUAUAGGAUAUGAUAACAAUGUAGAUGUAUGGAUGGAACAUCAGGAGAAAUUUAACAAUUUUCUGCAACGACUUCAUAAGAAUGAAAAUCAAAAUAUUAUUCAGAAAUUGGAAAGAGAGGAUGAUAGUGGACAGUCAAUGGAACUGAAGUCUAAACAGAGUCGUGCUCGUAUACAUUAUAAGAAAUUUACACGUGGCAAGGAUAUAAAUAAAUAUAAGCCAAAGGAUUUGGCAAAUAUAUUUGGUCAAAAAGAAUUAACAAAUCAAUUUCAAAUAAAGACAGAAAAAAAUGAUGAUGUUUAUGAAAAAAAAGCUAUUAGCAUAGGAAAAAAUAAAAAUGAAACUGUCACAAUUAACAGUGGUAGCAUGACUGAUUACUUCAAGCAUAAACCAAACUAUGACAAAAACUUUUCAAGCAAUAUGAUCAAUAAUCCAGCGACUGACUCUGAAAGUGAAAACGAGCAAUAUGCUGGUUUUGGAUUUGCACCAAAAACAGAGAAUACAUUGUCCAAUGGAGUGCCAAAAGAUAUUAACGAAAAGAAUAAUUAUGCUUUUGAUAAUCCUUGUUUGGGAUUAAAUAGUCCUACAGAAAUUAUGUUAUCUAACACCGAAAAUACCUGCAAAAAAUCUGCAAAGAAGAGAAAAAAGGAAUAUGUAAGUGAUAGUUUGCAUGCCACCGAAGUGGAUAAACACAAUUCCCGAAAGAAAUUAAAAACUGAAAUUAUUGAUGGAGAUUGUAAAGAUGGUUUUACAAAUCCAGCUCUUAAUUUAGACAUAAAUCUUGAGGAGGAUUGUAAUGGUAAAGAAUUUGAAGUAUCCAGAGCACAAUUUGGUCUAGAGAACUGUGGUUUAGAUUUGACAGACGAAAAAAGCGACAAGAAAAGUGUAACAUUUAAUGAUCAUGUCAUAUUAUAUGAAUAUAAUGUAGAUUCUACCAAAGAGAGGAAAGGAAAAGCAACGUUGGAUAAAUUCGAAGUUGAAAAUAAAAAACGCAAAAGAAAACGAGAACAGGAGAGCAUUACAACUCCUGUGUCAAAUGGAUUUGUCAAUGAGGCAUUAGAUAUAGAAACAGUAUGUGAAGAAAUUAAUGAUAAUAAGUUGAAUGAACAUAAAAGCAAAAAAACUAAGAAAAGAAAGAUUAGUAAAAUAUCUAGUCUAGAAACGAUACAAGAGUCACCAGAACGAGAAAAAGAAAUAAUUGAGAUUAAUAUAGAAUCAGAAGAUGUGUUGGAUACUAGUAUUGUUAAAAAUGAAGAAACAGAGAUCCCGGAUAAAAAAUUAAAAAAAAAGAAAAAGAAGAAAACCGAAAUUGAAAUCAUUACUGUAAUUGAUAAUAAAAGUGACGAAUUAGAAAUUGAAGAGAUAAUCAGAGAUAAAAAAAUUAAGAAGAGUAAAGAAGAAGAAAUUGUAACUUCUAAGAAACAUAAAAAAGAAAAGAAAAAAAAUAAGGAAAAUUGUAAGAUUGAAAAGUGUGCUAUUCAAACUGAAGUAAGCAGUGAUCAACAGAAUAUCGAAAUAUUAGAUAAGACAAAUUCUAAACAGCAACAAAAUUACUUAAUUAUGGAUGAAAGCAAGGAUGCAAUAGGAAUAGAAACAUUGCCAGUUAUUGGGAUUAAAAAAGAAGAAGAAAAUGCAAUCUUAGAAAAGAAACAAAAAAAGAAAAAGAAAAAGAGCGUUGACAAUGAAGAUUGUUUUAGGAAUGAAUGUGAUAUAAAGGAAAUUUUUGACAAGGAAAAUGUUGGCAAAGAGCAAGAUUCAGAUGCCAAAAAAUUAGAAGAAAAAGAUAAAAAACGCAAGAAAUCAAAAGAAAAAAAUGUAUCUGAGAUUGAAGAUUCUAUUGACUCUAAUCCAGAAAUUUUGAAUGUGAAUACUAUCAUGCAGGAAAAAGUAGAAAAUGUAGAAUCUACCCAUACACCUUUAAAGAAAAGUAGAAUAGUCGAGUCUAUCGACAAUAUAAUGCAUAGUCCAUGGAGUGCAAAAGCAAGGAUGUCUAAAAAGAUGUUGAUAAAUCUUUUCCAAAAUAAUGCACUUUUAGAUUUUCCUGGUUCUAAUAUUCGCGAUAUAAAGGGAUAUGGUGUAGAUAUUGAAUGCUCUAACUAGAGAAAAUUUGUAUAAUAAUUUUUUGAUAAUGAAGCAUUUUCAAUGAUAUAUGUUAAUUUGCUUCCUAAUAAAGAUUAUGUAUUUUUGAUAUAAUAUAUGCGUAUAUAUAGUUUAAAUAUAAACUAUAUAUAUUUUUUAAACAAGUGUGCAUGUAAUAUAUUCUUAAUAUUGUAUUAUAUAUAUUUCUGUAUCAAUUUAACCAAUAGAAAACUAAAUGUAAUUGUCUGCAUAUGUAAUUAAGUAUAUUAUUUAAUUAAUGUAUUGGGGGAGUAACAUACUUAAAUAUACAGUAUACAAGAUUUACA